GCCGGGACGUCGCCUCUAGGGGGCGGAAGCGGAAGCGCGGCGGCGGCCGGGAAGUGGAGGGAGAGGUGGUUUUGUCAGGCUCGGCGGCCCCUCGGCGCGGUCGCGAGGGCAGCCCCACUGAGGCCUGCCGCGGCUCAGGCGUCGGGAGCGGCAGCGAGUCCAGAGAUCACCCCUCUUCUGAUGUCAUGUCCUGUCUGCAGGCCUUGUGUUAAUCUGCCGUCUCCUGGCUAGUAUCCAGUAGCACUGGCAGUACUGACCUCUGAAAAUCUCAAGUGUUUCAGUCGCAUUGGGUUUAUUUGACCGGACAUCCGAAAGGAGAUCCAUGUAUACCCCAAGUGGUUCAGUGUUGCCCAGCGGCCGAAGGCGAAGAGGGCAAGAUGGCAGUGCCUUGCCAAAGCAACCCGAAAGGAGCCUGGCAUCUGCCUUGCCCGGGGCCCUCUCGAUAACGGCCCUGUGCACUGCCUUGGCAGAGCCUGCCUGGCUAAGGAUUCAUGGGGGCACCUGUUCUCGCCAGGAGCUGGGUGUUGCCGAUGUGCUGGGAUACAUUGACCCGGAUCUACUUAAAGACUACUGCAUGAACCCCCAGACGGUGUUGUUACUUCGGGUGAUUGCUGCUUUCUGCUUCUUGGGAAUCAUCUGUAGCCUUUCAGCUUUCCUUCUCGACGUCUUUGGGCCCAAACAUCCUGCACUGAAGAUUACUCGGCGUUACGCCUUUGCUCACAUCCUUACAGUGCUUCAGUGUGCCACCGUGAUCGGGUUUUGCUACUGGGCUUCGGAGCUGAUCCUCGCACAGCAGCAGCAGCACAAGAAGUACCAUGGCUCGCAAGUCUACGUCACGUUUGCCGUAAGCUUUUACUUGGUGGCUGGAGCUGGCGGGGCGUCCAUCCUGGCCACGGCCGCCAACCUGCUGCGCCACUACCCCACUGAAGAGGAGGAGCAGGCCUUGGAGCUCCUCUCCGAGAUGGAGGAGAACGAACCUUACCCCGCCGAGUACGAAGGGAUCAACCAGUUCCAGCCACCUCCGGCUUACACGCCGUAACGCUUCCCCAGACGAUGGCUGGGGCAAGGGGGUUUCUUCCAGCCCGUCCCCAAAGUCAACCUGCACACAAUUGCUUGGGAAUACGUUCCUUUCUCUUCCUGGAACCUCCUGUUGUAGGUGUUUCUCCCCCUCCUUCCUCCCCCCCCCCGUGGAUCUGCUCCCUUUUACCGUUUCCUGUCCAGGGAGAGGGCUGCAGAAGACCUGCUCCUGCAGUGGCCUCCGAAGCAGUCGUGUUCCGAAGCAAUUGGGGGACAGUUGGGGUGGGGUUUGAACCUCAGGCAUUCAGGGGCCACAACAAAUGCCCGACGUUUUCUAGCUGCAAAGAGCUGCAGAGCUCAGGGGCUCCAGAGAGAGGUCUGGAGAGAGGAAAAGGAGGGUGCAAAAAGGAAGGCACGUAGACAGAUUGAACGGGAAAGGGCUGGGGGUGGGGUGGGGGGAGGAGGAAAGGGUUCCACCAUUUUUGGCAUUGCGCUAGGACGUUUCGCAGUGGUGGGCGUGUGGGUAGCGGAGAAUCCAGCCGUCCUGUACCGCCACCUGCAGAGCUCCUGUCUCUCCUUCGGGAGAAGAGCAGAAGGGGACUCUCAGAUGUUCACCCCGGGGGCCAACAGGCUUGGCCUUCAGCACCCCGGAAGGUGGGACUCCUUCUCUAUGCACUGGUUUGUGGAGAGGGGACACUUUUCGGCCGAACCUUGUGCUUCCUGAAAAGCAGGGUUACGUUUCCUUCCGCCGUGGUUUCAUCCACUCCCCCAUUCUGCCUCCUGCGACUCUGCAGAAGCCUUUUGCACUUUCUCUGCUCUUCUCGCAGCCUCCUCCUCUUUCCCUAGUGGGGUGGACGUUGCUACUACUGAGUUUUCCCUGGGUUAGAGUGGACUCCUCUGUCUCUGGCAAGGAACUCCGGGGCUGUCCUUCCAUUUGGCAUUCCUGCUGCACAAUUGCCAGGCCUUCAGCCCCUCUCGCAAGGCAACAUACUAGAACCACGUUCUUCCCCACCACCCAUGUCCAGACUAUAUGCAAAUACCGAUUCCAGGCUUGAUUUCCACUGUUACCUUUUCAAUUCCGCCUUUGUAUCUCAAACCUUCUCCAUCGCCUCUGGCCCAAUUCUUCUGACCCGCCAGUGUUUCACAGACAGAAGUCCUCCUGUUAGCUCCAGGUAGUAUCUGAAAGAGCAUCUCAGAUUUUGCUUUCUGUACAAAGAGAAUAUAGUUAACCUUUUCCUUUUUCUCUGCAUUGAGGUAAACCUGCUUCAAAUAAGCCAGCAAUGUUUUGUAUUCACUAAAACAUGCUUUUACUGACUGUGGGAGGCUAGCUUACACAAAAUGGAGUGAGUGAGCAGCCUGUCCAGGAGUGUGCGCGCGCGUGUGUGUGUGUGUGUGUAUUUUAAAAGAAAGUUGAGAUUGUAAAACCAAGUAAAACCGGCUUGACUUGA